GGUAGGGAUAUAAAUCAAACAGAUGAGUAUGUCGCAAAGUCGCAUUGAGAGCGACACGCUCGGGACGGUCGAGGUGCCAGCUGAUCGUUACUUUGGGGCCCAGACUAUGCGCUGUCUGAACAAUUUUCCCUUCGGGGAUCCCAGUGAACGCAUGCCGAAGUCCAUUAUACAGGCCAUGGGCAUAGUGAAGAAGGCCGCCGCUGAGGUCAACCUUGAGUAUGGGAUGGAGAGCUCGAUCUGUUCAUCCAUUUCGACUGUCUGCGAUGAUCUCAUCUCGGGCAAGCUGUACGACGAGGGACACUUUCCACUGCCCAUUUGGCAAACGGGAUCUGGCACAAUGACGAACAUGAAUGUCAAUGAGGUGAUUAGCAAUCGUUGCAUUGAGCUGCAGGGCGGCGAGCUGGGCUCCAAGAAACCGGUGCAUCCCAAUGAUCAUGUGAACAAAUCUCAGAGCUCAAAUGACACCUUUCCAACGGCCAUACAUGUUGCGGUAGCGCUUCAGCUAGUCAAGGGGCUGAAGCCGGCGAUCACCGACCUGCGCGACUCUCUCCAGACCAAGUCCUUGGAAUGGAAGGACAUUAUCAAAGUUGGACGCACUCACACCCAGGACGCGGUGCCGCUGACAUUAGGGCAAGAGUUCAGCGGAUAUACGCAGCAGCUAACCAAUGGUCUGGAGCGCAUCAAUGCGGUCUUGCCCCAUGUCUACCAACUGGCUCUGGGAGGCACUGCCGUGGGAACCGGUCUGAAUACUUACAAGGGAUUCGCCGAGAAGUCCGCCAGACGCAUUGCUCAGCUCACAUCUCUGCCAUUUGUAAGUGCUCCGAACUUCUUCGAGGCCUUGGGCUCCAGGGAUGCCAUGGUCGAGGUGCAUGGCGCAUUGAACACCAUUGCCGUGAGCCUCAUGAAGAUUGCCAAUGAUAUACGAUUCUUGGCCUCCGGGCCGCGCUGUGGCUUGGGCGAGCUCUUGCUGCCAGAGAACGAGCCGGGCAGCUCGAUAAUUCCGGGCAAAAUAAAUCCCACUCAAUGCGAGGCGUUGACCAUGAUCUGCGCCCAGGUAAUGGGCAAUCAGGUGGCAGUCUCUGUGGGCGGUUCUAAUGGGCACUUCGAGCUGAAUGCCUUCAAGCCUUUGAUAGCGUCCAACGUUCUGCGUUCGAUACAGCUGCUAACUGAUGGCUGCCACGCGUUCAACCAGAACUGCGUUGUUGGCAUGAAGCCGAACAAGGAGAGGAUAGAAAAGCUCUUGAACGAAUCUCUGAUGCUUGUGACCGCACUUAAUCCACACAUUGGCUAUGACAAGGCGGCCACAAUAGCCAGAGCAGCUUAUAAGAAUGGCACCUCUCUGAAGCAGGAGGCCCUCGUUGCUGGCAUCUCUGAACAAGACUAUGACAAAUGGGUGCGUCCGGAAAAUAUGCUUGGUCCCACCUAAGGCAGUUUGUUAAUGUUUUCUUAAGCCGUUAAUAAACUCGAAUGUAUUAUGUUA